CCACUCCACCACUUCCUUUUUACUGCCUUAUCUACUGGUGUUUUAAGACAGUAUCUGGUGCACUGGGUCACUUUUUAAUAGGGUGGGGGGCUGCAGGGCCAUUUUCACUAGAAACAAUAGAAGGAAACACUUGUUCAACCCAGUUUCCUAUAUCAGACUUUGUGGUUGAAGGGAAGCAUAUGAAAGAGCAGUGAGAGAAGCCAGCUACAUGGCUGUACGAUCCAAAAGCGGCUCCAAGACAGCUUAACAAGAAGCAACGCAGCAGUCUGCUUUAAAUUAUAGCAUUAUGGCUCAGCGCUGGUGUGUGGCCUUUACUCUGUCACUACUGUGGAUCAUUGGCAGCCCAGAGCUCCUGGACCGUUCCCAAUGCCCCAUCGGUUGCAGCUGCUCUUUCACAGACUGGUUUAUUCGGUGCUCCAAUGCCAGUCUCUCUUCUCUGCCCACUGGCAUCCCACAAGCCACAGUGGAGCUUGAUCUGCAGUUCAAUCAGCUUGACAGCCUGCUGGCAGCCUCUUUCCCAGAUUUGCCCGAGCUCACCACACUCUUCCUUGGGAGCAACCAAGUGCGCCGGAUUGAAGUGGGAACCUUUCUCGGUGUGAAGAAUUUAUACCACCUCCACUUGGACAACAAUCUCCUCGAAGAGAUCCCAGAAAGGGCAUUUGAAAACCUGACCAAUCUAGUCUUUCUGCACCUGGAGCACAAUCGGAUUGCUUAUCUUUCACCAGGUGCAUUCUCCUCUUUGAAGCGACUGAGUCUCCUAGACUUGAGUCAUAACCUGUUGACUGAACUUUCAGACCAGGCCCUUGGUGGUCUCCAGCAGCUACGCAAACUUCACCUCAGUGCUAACCUUAUUGCCAACUUGUCAGCCAGAGCUCUCCCGGGCAACAUGCGCAUCCUCUACCUUGACUGGAACAGGCUGAAAAGUGUGCCACUUGCCGUCCGCACCUCUGCUACUCUCUCCAGCCUUUAUCUUAGUGGCAACCCAAUCCAGGAGCUGACAUCUCUCUCCUUUGGGAGGAAGCUUAGCUCGCUGAGGCAGCUGUUCUUAGAAAACCUGUGCCUGGAGAACAUUACCAGCUCAACGUUCAAACGGCUACGCAGACUCGAGGUCUUGAGCCUGAGGAACAAUAGUUUGGAGUCGCUGUCACCUCUGUCGUCCCUGAAGUAUCUCUCGACUUUGUAUCUGACUGGGAACAAGUGGCGCUGUGACUGCAACUUAAUCUGGCUUCGCACCUGGCAGAAGCAAGUAGUAAGAAAAGAUCGCAGCCCAGUGGAAUGCAGUUCCCCGGAAGCCCUUCAGGGACAACAACUGGCAAAUGUAGAGUUACAGAAAUUGACUUGUCCACCUUUUCAAACCGAUUCAGCCACCACCAGCUCCUCUGUAAAAGCCAUGCCUGUGAUAUCUACUCUACCCAGUGAACGACUUUUGCCACAAGCUGCUACGACCCUUCCGAUCACUGUUUUCACUACUUCUGUUACCAGUAGGAUGUUCUCUAUCGCAGGAACAACUACACAAAAUCAUCCCACUUCAAGACCAACCACUCAUGAGAACCAUUACAUACUGGAGAAAUAUGACCCUUGCCUCUCUGACCAUAUUAGUAGCAUUCACACAAGAACAAAAGACCACACUGCCCUGGUGGUUACUUGGUCUUUCUCUGGAGAUCAUGACCAGUUUGAAGUGCGCUACAAGUCUUCUGUGGAUCAGCACAUACUGCGAGUGAUUGGACGUUUAACCGAGAUUGAGCUUCACCAUCUGCAACCGGGGACUGAUUACAGGGUUUGCAUUAUUCCCCAGAACGAGAACCUCCCGGAGUGUGUUGCUCCUACAGCCCAGCAAUGUGCUACAGGGCGCACUGGAGCCCAAGUUCCAGCUCAGCGCAACUUAGCCCUGGGAAUUGGCAUCACCAUCGCACUUUUAGCACUGAUGGCCCUGGCUCUCUUUGCCUUCUACAAGUGGCGGAUCCGACCCUUCCAGUUCCAGCGCUACUAUGAUGAAGACGGGCUGCCUUCCCAGUGCCAAGGCACUGCCCAGUCCAAGCUGACCACAGAGCCAGUCUAUGAGAACAUAGAAGAGGACAACCAGCAUGUUUAUAUGACAGCUGCUAGCCAAUGGCCUCAAGAGAAGAUAGACUGCACUCCUGUUGUCCCAUCCAGAUUUUCAUCCACACCAGCCUAUGCAAGCCUCUGAUAUUUACAGAAUAUUAGUUAUUUGUUAAAA